GUCGAGUUUGUUUUCUUGGCGUAUAAAUCGUUCUGCAAUGCGACGGUGAAAAACGCGACUAGCUAGGAGCACCGCAGAAAUUACAAAGGAGAUGAAAGUGACAGACUUAUUGUUAUAACCUCCAAUACCAUGUUUUUGUUUGCCUUUGCACAUUGCUAGUUCUUGGUCAGUGAAAGCAGCACCGAGCCUCAAAUUUGCACGAAAGAAGAUGCUACCCCCCUAUGCUGCGGUUUUCCCGCACUUUUUCGCCUGUUUCUGGACCCUCGUCGUCCCAGCCACAACGUUGCUAGCUCUAGGCAGUGCCGGCGCGGUGGAUGCCGCCGUUGCGUUACCGGAGCGUUCGGUGGUCGGCAACUUGAGCUUACGCCGCACGUUCCUGCAUUGGGAAGAGCCUCCGGCAAGCGACGAAGAGGCAGAUCACGACGACGUCGCGACUUUCGGGGGCUCAUCUACCGGCUCGACGGCACGGAGCGUCCGGCGCCGUGCCUACAGCCUGCCCGCAGAAACCCGCGACCGGCGAAGCCAUGAAGACUCCUAUUUCGGUGGCACGGACGACACAUCGCCGUCGACCGCGUUGUCGUCGGAAGAGGCGGAAUCGGAAUCGAACGCAGGGCGCGACGCUUUCGUCCCACGUAGGAGCCCAGAGCUGGAACACCUGGCAGUGGGAUCCGCCCCGUCGUCUUCCGGAACAAGACGAGGGCCUGUGGCGCUUUCCGAUCACGCCGCGGCACCUUUUUUUCUCGCCGGUCAGCCGACUGCUUUCGCGACGGGGCGAAACCAAGAUCGGACACCCCCUGUGUCCGACAUUCGUUGGGGCCCUGCGGUUUCCACCGAAGAGAACGAUAAUCUCCAUUGCGGUCUCUUCGUGGACAGCUGCGGGCGAAUUAUUCAGCGCGUCAUUUCGGAGACGCAGCCGCUGCCGCGAGAAGACCUGCAGGGCGCAUCACCUCCGGGCACCGUCUGUGCGGCCGUUCCACCGAACGUCAAGGAAUUGUGGGCCGACAUAGAGUACGAGGAGCUUGCGCCACUCGAGGGUGAGUUUAUUUCUCCGGGCGGGCUUCAGGCAGAACAAGGUAAAAGAAGAUGCAAAGGGGCGGCCCCUUCAGGCAGCGGAGGCAGGAGCGAGAUUGUGUCUCUCUUCAGCGAAUUGGGACUGAACGAGGAAAACAGGGAGGCGCCGAAGAGUACAGCUCUUCUUUCGAAAGCAAACAGAACCCCACGUCGCCUAAGCAAGAAGCAUGACGCAGUAGCAACUUCGAGUACUGUGGACGCAACCCGAGAGGAUAAAAUCGCGAGUUUUUUCCGGGAACGCGCAUCGAAGCAGGGGUUGCAGCCGGAUUCAAGUAUAGUUAAAUGGUGUUUAGUGUUACGUGUGAAUUCCUACUGACACUUAUCUAUCAAUCUCGUCUGCAAGAAGUAGAAGAGAAGUGGAAAGUAGUUACGCACCCGCACGGGGUUCGGUUCGACUCCGCUGGUGUUAGGAGGAUACUACAAGACUUGUGCAGUCUUUCGACCUACCUAACAAAGUAAACUAGACAGAAACUUGAAUGCUCUUCGAACAUAACAUUGACAGCAGACGAGCAGAAAGCGGAUCUACUUCCACGCAGGGAGUCUAAAACGACGGUAAAGGGCUACUCUGUCGCCCCCGCGCGCCAGCUGCAAACAGCGAAGGAAAAAGCCGCCGGACGUCGGGUGUGCGGCGCGGUGAUGUUUACCGAGGGCUUCGCGAAAUUUCUCAUGGAAGCUGAUGCAACCAAAAAGGGUCGACUCGGCAAGGUGUGCGGGCUGUGCCGGCAUACCUGGAGCAGGCAUGGCGGGAAACUACGGCUCCGGGGGCGGGGAAGCCGGCACCUCGAGGACAAGACGAAUAUGGAGGCGAACAUUCCUCUGCAGAUAUGCGUGUCCGGCGUUGGGGCGGGGAAGGAGUUGCGGUACCGCCGCAGCAUCGAGGAGAUCCAAACGUGCCUCCGCGAGACCUUUGCCGACGAAUGGCGUGCCUGGUGCAGGAACCACGAGACGUACCGCCACAAUUUCAGCCUGGACGAUGAGACGAUAGAGUCGAGCAUGUGGACGGUGGUGCGACCCGUGCAUCAUGAAGCGUCGAAUUGCACGCUUCGUAGUUCUUGCGACGGACGGGACCACGCAGGCGGGAGCUGGAGCUCCUACUUUCACCCUCUGAACUCGUGGCAAGGUGGCCACGGUUCGCAGCAGGAAGUUGGAGCUCCGCAGCUAGCACUUGGCCUGUCGCAAGACAAGCGGCUCGUGACGGAAAGUAGAGCGCCUGUCGAGCGAAAGGAUUUGCUCGGGGACGUUGGCAGAAACAGAAGUGGUCGGGAGGAAGACGACACUGCAGCCGCAGACGCGACGAGUGCAGAGUGCGGGCGAGAAGAACUGUGCCGACCCGGAGAUGUGAAAGAUCACUGCAAACGAAGUGCGGCGAGCGAGACAGCUGCGGGGGUUGCGCACACCCAAAGUGAACAUGCCCACCUUGUCCCGCCUUCGUAUUGGAAUUACCAUGACCAGCUGCACUACGACAUCAUGAGCCAAUUCUGUUCCCCGGCACACGCGGCAAUGAUGAACUAUGCAAGUGGAAUGUGCAGCAGCCCCUCAAUUUUUCCUCCCGUUCCGACCAGCGACCCCGGACAAGACGCGCGCACCACCCUCCUGUCUGCUCUUUCUCAGUGGCUCGACGAAGCAGACCGCCGUCUCUAGGAAGAGGCAAUCGUGGCUCUGCUAAUCCUCGUUUUCGUGUAGGGCGUCCAGCAGUUGUCAGCAGGGUUGUCGGUGAUACAACGACAAGUUUAUAGCUGGAUUUGAGAGAGACUCAACGUUCUUCUAUCCUGUUAGUCUUAGUUUCUCUUUCUGUUUCUUUAUCUAUCUAUCAUGCUACGCCAAACAAAAAGAAUACUAGAUUCAGAUGAGUUUCGAGCAGAAAAAUGUUAUUGCAUUUGAACCCUGGUGGCCUGCCAGUGUUGGUGGGUAUUCUUCAACGCUUUGCUGUCGCCGAGCCGCUUUGUUACAUUUUGCUUACUUGUUAAAAUUUGUGUCGUAUAGAAGUAUCUUUUCAUUUACCACUCCUUCUGGUGAGCGAGCCUAAUAGACUGAUGUGAGAAUUCGAAAUGGUUAUACAAGAUUCUGUUGUUUGUUGUCAAAACGAAAAGACAUUCGCCUCAAUCUACCCGAGGCCUUAUUUUUUAUUUCUGCAAAAUUUUACAAAAAUUAAAAUUCGGUUGACGUGGAGAUUCUUCUUCUUUUUCCACCAAACCAAAAAUUCGAAAUCGAAGGUCUCUCCACCUUUUGCCACUUCAAGAAUAAAACCCUUCAGUGAACCGGAACCAAGGUCCAACCAGUCACGACAGUGACAUUAUGGAUGUUACGGGAUUUUUAAUAUUUCCGACCUGGGCAUGUGGCAUGUAUUCCUGAAAAGCUCUGCCGGCUUGGUCUUUGUGUAUGAACAGUCAAGUAUUGGAACACGGUCAUGAUCAGUGUGCAAAAUGGGAACGAAAAUCAGUGUACUACAAAGGUGGAUCGGCCCUGUUGUGCCCGAGAGAGG